CUGUGUCCUCCUUCUUCUGGUCCUCCUUCUUCUGCUCUUCUACUGAAUAUCUGUGCUAUGGCGCUGGUUGGGAAAAUCGCCGCAGUGACCGGAGCUGGAAAGGGGAUAGGACAGGCACUGACAGAAACCCUCCUGAAAAAUGGAGCCAAGGUUGCUCUCCUGGAUGUCAAUGAAGCUGCUGGAAAGAGUUUAGCUGAAGCCCUCGGCAAACAGUACGGACAAGACAAAGUUCUGUUCAUAAACUGCAACGUUGAGUCAGAUGAGCAGAUGAAAGCUGCCUUUCAGAAAAUCAUAGAAACCUUUGAAGCAAUUGACAUUUUCUGCAACAACGCUGGCAUCCUGAACGAAACCCAGUGGGAGAAAACUAUAUCCAUUAAUCUUAUGGGUGUUAUCAGGGGAGCCUACCUGGCUCUGGAGCACAUGAAUAAGUUAACUGGAGGUCGAGGAGGGGUCAUUCUCAACACAGCAUCGAUGGCAGGUUUGGGUCCUUUGCUCAGCUGUCCUGCUUAUACAGCCAGCAAGCAUGGAGUUGUUGGCUUUACCCGAGCCAUGGGGGCUGCCUCUGCUGCAUCAGGCUACGGCGUCCGAUUCAACGCCCUUUGCCCUGGUUUUGUCCAAACUGACCUCUUCAACAACAUCCAAGGAAACCUGGGACAGUUUUCCCACCUCAGAGAUGCAGCCCAACUGUUAAUUGACAAAAUGGGAACGAUGACUGCGUCUGAAGUUGUAGAAUGCGUCAUCGAGCUGUUGACUGAUGAAACCAAGAACGGGGAAGUGUUCUAUGUGUACCCACAAGGAACAUCAUAUGUGACAUUUCCAUCAAUGGUCAAGUAACUCCUGACUAUGACUGCACAGUCCAACUGUACCGACCCAUCCUGAGUGUUGUUAUCAAAUCUGCAAAGUCUGAUGUCAAUACAUACGAUGUGUCAAUUGAAUAUAAGAAUAAAAUGUUUAAAGACACGGUG